UCCCGGAUGGUGUUGUCAGGAAGAGCCGCUGCUCCGGAGCGUUUCCACAUUUCCAGGUCUAAAGCUCCGUAAUCCGCCCCGCAGCCGCGCUCCCGGCCCGCCGGCCGCCCGGUGUCCGUGUGCGGUGGUCCGGCCUGUGGGGGUUUCGGUUCUCUCUUCAUGCUGCCGGCGGUCUGGAGCUCAUGGAUGAGGGACAGUGGCAGAGCGAAGGCCCGUUGAGGCGAGGCGGGACGGGGGAUGCAGAGCUCCAGAGCGAGGGCUCAGCCCGAAGCCCCGACCAGAACCACAACCGCCUGCUGGAGGAGGGCGAGGAGGUGGAGCAGGGUCCGAGAGGAGGACACAGGACCACCCAGGACUCUACCAACAACAACGGCAGCACAGGGGAGGAUGAAGAGGAGGAGGAGGACGACGAAGAUGAAGCCUAUGAAGAAGGUUCUAAAGUGGAGGAAGAGGAUGAUGAAGAGAUGGACAGUAACAGCGGAGCCUUUUCUCCGGAGCUGGACGGACAGAUACAGGACUCGCCGUCGCCAAGCCCCAGCCCUACAGUAUCUGAAGCCCCUCUGAGUGCGGAGUGUACGGCAGUGGGUGCUGCUGUUCCGGAGCUCGGUCCGUCUCUCUCCGCAUGUGUGUGUGUGUUGGAGGAGAGAGGAGACGACGCUCUGCUGCCUCACACACUGCACCAGAUAGCGGAGGCUCUGGUUCUGGAGGGAGACUAUCAGCGGGCCAUCCGCCUCCUGCAGCUGGAGAGACUGUACCAUGAGAGAGUGCUGUCCAACAUCGCCGCCCUGCAGGAGCAAUGGGAGAGCAGAUGGAGGCUGGUUGAUCAGGUUCAGGGCUCCAGUGACCUGGAUGUAGAACAUUUGGAGAAGCUGAGACACAUCUGCAGAACACACACACAACCGAGGCGGAGCGCCGAGAGGUGUGAGCUGGUGGUUAAAGUCCAGCGGAACAGAGUGGUCAGCGAGAGCGCCGGAGAGAACCACAGCGCGUCAGAGCGUCCAUGCGGCUCAGCUGAAUCAGAGAAGCUGAUGGACGAGCAGAAGAGCCGGGAUGAUUUCCCUGAAGUGUGCCGCAGUUCCCCUGUCAAUCAGCAGGGGGAGACAGAUUCACACUUCCUCAAUUCCUUCCUCAGCCCUUCCUUCUCUUCCGACUCAGCCACGCCCUCUUACACCAUGACGGACAGCCCCCCGCUGAGCGGAGGAGGGGAGGAGAAGGCCGAGAGUCCAGCAGAUACGCACACAGUGGCCAAACUGACUGGCGCUCUGCGGACCAGAGGGCCCGGAGAGGAGAUGGAGGGAGAAGGGGAGUCUCUAGACACCGGACAGGACACGGGACUGGACCGGACGGAAGUAGCAGAGCCAGUGGAGAAAGGAGGAGGAGAGGAGGAGGUGGAGGAGGCAGUGGAGGCUCUGGAGUUGGAGGCUGGAGGAGAACACCAGGAGCCGCUGGAUCUGGAGGUUCCUGAGCUGAGAGUGGAGGAUGAGCUGGAGGAGGAGGGGCACGGUGUGGAGACGCUGGAGGUGGAGAAAAUGGACACACUGGACGACCUGGCAAAACGCAUCCAGGUGGAGGAGAUCGCUCCGGCUGCUGGUCUGGUUUCUAUCCUGAAGAGAAGAGCCUCUCUGAAGGGGACGAGCUCCACCACACCGACUCCAAAACCCGCCAGCAAACGCAAAGUCCGCUUCCGAGUCCCUGACGAUGGCCUGGACCACGAUGAAGUGGGCGGAGACUCCUGGUUGCUCCUCCUGCUGCUGUGCCUCGCCACUGUGGUGAUCAGUGUGGGUGGGACUGCGCUGUACUGCACCUUCGGCGACGCCCAGUCGAGCGUGUGCACGGAUUUCUCCCACAACAUGGACUUCUACGUAGGUCAGGUUCAGCGGGGGGUGGACGAGCUCCGGCACUGGCUGACCCGCGGCUCGUAGCAGGAGGACCGAGGAGCAGCGGAGAGGGACCCAAACGCAUCUCCGGAUAAAAACGCCUGCCUCCCUGAAGGUUUGUGUGUCGCUCUCAUGAACACCAGGCUGAAACGAUCAACUACAGCGCUAACUCUGAGACAUCGGCACAGCUUCCAGGUCUGUCUGAGCCACUUCCUGCGUCCGUGUAUGGCGAGCCGAAGCAUUCUGCACACCACAGGAACCUGGAGGCUGGACAUAACGGCCGUGUGUCCCAUCAGGGUCAAACCGAAGCCUUCCACGCAGGGAACUGGACAAAGAAACACACACCCGGCCGUGAGGAGGCCUCCUGAAGGAGCAGGGAAUCUCUCGGCCAGUGUAGCUCAGUGUUUACUGCCGUCAACUUCACCUCAUGUACAGAGACCGAGUUUUUAAAGUCUUAAAUACGGAGUCUUAACGUUUGAUUGGUGGCAUUUCCCCGUUCUUUCAAUAGCUGGAUCGCCAUGGCGACACUAGAGAGGAUGCUGACUACAGCAGUGGUUCUCAGCUGGUAGCAGGCGUUGAGAGGGUUGCGAGUACGUCAGGAAAAAAAAUCAAACUUUUAUCGUUUUAAGUUUAUAGAAUUUUGAUGGUGAGCUUUUACUUUGAAAGGCGUCAGGUGGGUUUUAGAGGUACGCUUUUAUUUUGAAAGGCAUCCUAGGCUGUGUCCAAAACUUACUACCAAAUAAAUAUAUAUAAGUAUAUCGCUGUUGUUGGAACAAAACCUCGUGUCUCCAACAUGGUAGCUUUACGGGAGAAGGAGAAAACUACUUCACUUUUAAUGUAAGUCAAUGGAACCAGACGUCUUUCCAUCUUUAAUUAAAUUUACACACACUGCGAAGAGCAACAGGCAUUUUUAAUUUGUCAAAAACUGAAAAACGUGAAAAAACCUUCCGACAACAGCUGAAUGUAUUCAGUACAAUCAUAGAGUAAUAAUAAUAAUAGUAGAUAUUUUAUAUGUAAAAAUGUUCAGUUCAGUGUGUGUAUAUAAUAGUAAUAGUAUAUAUAACAGUAUAUUUAGUGUAUGCAUACCAAAUUUAGACGACUAUACAACACAUUGUGUCCUGCCGAGUACACUCUACUCCUAAAGCUGAUGUGGUUAAUAUCAGCCCUCGUCUCGCGUUAGUGCAGUUUAUACAUACUGUUUUAUGGCGCUGCUCCAUACGAACGUCGCCUGCCGGUGUUUUUACAGCGUUUGCUUUGGAAAACAACCAUAUUUCAUCAGAUUCUCUAAAAUAGCACCACUCAUGUAAAUCACUAUGUUGCAUUGUUUACUUUAUAAUCACUACAGUAAUGCUGUCUUCCGCUCGCGGGCUUUCAGUGCUGCGGUGUUCAGUGGUUCCCCAACACUUUCAUCUUUUAAAAACGAGGAAAGUUCACUGGAUAUCAGCCCUUUAACGGCUCCACGUGGUUUGAGGCUAGCGUGUGAUGUUUCGGGCCUGCGGUCAGCGCCGUGCUGUUUGGUGCUGAUUAUUCUCAGAUAUCGGCUCAGUGCUGUUUCCAUUCAGGUUUAGCGUCAGAGGGCGUCUGUACCCAAAACCACUCCAGCCUUAAAACCACGUUUUUCUCUGAUACACAUCUACACUGAGCAGGUGGAACAGCGUGGAGGGUAAAGCACGGAUGCAGCAGCUGAGCUGUAUGAACAUUAUGAUGACUAUCUGUCUGCGCAUGCACUGCAAGUACCCUCUCCAAACGAUGGUUCCUUAAGGGUUCUUUAGUAAAGACAGUGUUUCCCUCCAAUGGGUCCUAGGACGACCUUGGGGUUUCAUCCCCAUUGGCCAUGCCUGGUACUCCCCCACCGGGAGGCGUCCAGGGGGCAUCCAGAUCAGGUGCCCGAACAACCUCAGCUGGCUCCUCUCAAUGCGGAGGAGUAGCGGCUCUACUCCGAGCUCCUCCCAGACGGCCGAGCUCCUCACACUGUCAGUAGAGUGUAGCCGCCACGCUGCGAAGAGGCUCAUUUCCGCUGCUUGUAUCCGUGAUCUUUGGUCAUUACUCACAGCUCAUGACCGCAGGUGAGGGUCAGGAUGUAGACCGACCGGUAAACGGAGAGCUUCGCCUUAUGGCUCAGCUCCUCUUCACCAGUACAGUCCGGUACAGUGACCGCAUUACUUCUGCUGCCUGUCCCAGCCUGCGGCCGAUCUCACCAUCCCUCUUCCUAUCACUCGUGAACAAGACACCAAGAUACUUAAACUCCUCCACCUGGGGCAGGACCUUUCCCCUUACCUGGAGUGGACAUGCCGUCCUGUUCUCAGAAAGCAGGUUGCCUAAUAAAGCUUGGCUUUAUUUUUUUCUGAGUGGCCACAUCUGUGUAAUAGUCAAAGUGCCCCUCUGAGUGUUUUACAGUGUUGGGGUUAGCAGGGAUAACACAGCCAGGAAAACUACACUAAUCAAAACACGGAAUUUUGAGGACGUUGAAGAUACGACACUAAAUCAACAAUAAAUACUGCAUUUAUUACACUGAGGACAGAAUAGAGACCCAGGAACCAGAAAACAACUCAUUUUUUAUUUUCUGUUAAAUGGUUCAGAUGUAAACAGAGCGGUUCUGAGCGGUUCGGUGUGAAACGCUCUGUUCUAGAUAAUCUUACCGAGUCAGAACUGUCCACAGUGGUGGUGAUAGGAA